AGGGACUGAAAGCACGCGAUGGGAGGACGUGAUACUGUGCUCAGUAGGUUUUGGACUACUUUGCUCCAGUUACCUCCCAGACGACCCCCGAGACCCCCGGGGCUGAGAUGGUCUCCCCUGUGGAGAUGGAGGGGGCUCUGGCCACGUCCCUCUGUCCUGAGCCCAGGCCCUUCUCCGCCCCGACUGGGGUCACAACUGGGGGCGGGUCCUGACCAGCUCCUCUCGCCUCUGCUGGCCUGAUGAUUCUGGACACUAACUGCAGCCCAUCUCACCAGAGAGCUCAGGAGAAACAGGCCAGGUCUCUGCUCUUGGCAGUUUAGGCAAAUCCAAGGGCUCCGUGAUGUGCAAUUAAAGAGACGCCGGGCAUUUCUGGGAGCAUUUGCCUUCCACGUUUCUGUGAGUAUUAGCAGCGUUCUCUUAGGAUGGCCUCACCCUGCUGCUGCCAGUUUUCAUACCCAGUUAGUGACGGAGGAGCUAAUGCUCCCAACUGCUUUCUCUUUUCGUUUCCUCCGCCUCCUUCCAGAAGCCCCCUCCCCUCCCCACUCCUACCCCAGGGCCCGAACUCGGAACUCCGUCCCUUCCCUUCAUCCUCUUUGUUUUUCACGUACCAUUUACAUGCACUCUGUGCAUUUUGAAAUCGUGGGUUGUAACUUCUUACCUCGUAUACAAUUUGCCACUUUGUUCUCUCAGUCACUCCUUCGGAAGAAUUUGCUGAGAGCCUGUUUCACGGGGCGCUUGUAUCACAGACUCUGGGGUCAGAAUAUACACGCUAAUUAAAGUUCCCCACUCCCAUCCACUUACUUCCCGGGUAAGAACUUUAUGCCUCCAAUAAAGACUUUUCCUCCUGUUUAAAGACAGCUUUUUACAGAUUUUCGAAUGCCUUCAACCUUUGAAACCUCUGCACCUGAUAAAAUUAAGGCUUUAAAGAGCUUACUUUUUCAAUAAAUCUUUGGUUUGAGGGUUGAUAAAACAGAGAAGCAACUGAAAAGAAAAAAGAAAUCUCGACCUAACACUAAAGACUUUCCGUCCUGCAAGGUGGAAUCCUUUGACCUGGAUCUGUCUCUUCAAAGGCACGUGACUGUAAGAAAUUCUAGGUUUUUCUCAGACUUCUAAGAGAACUGGUAAAUAUUGAUCUAAAACGUUAGGUUCAUUAGCCAACUUUUAUUUGAUUUUCCUGAAAAUCUGCCAGACAGAAAGUUCUCUCUUUUACCCGCCUUCAUUGGUAUCCCCGGAGCAGUUUUCUCCACAGCAACCGAAAACGUCUCUGGGUUGAAAUAAUCCUCUCCUGCUUCCAAUGCACAGUCAAGGAAUUUUAAAACCAGAGGACUUUGUAAUCACAAAAUACUCUCCGAGAUUUAGAAGGCCACAGAGCUCCAGAGAAAUAGCCAUUUAUCUUUCUCCUAACGAAAUUCCUCCCAUUACAAGUUUACACCGUGAACGGCAAGCCACCCAACUCCCUUAGACACUGACUUGAGGUAAAGGAAGAGUGGAAAUGUGCUUCUGGACAAAGCUUCCGGUAUUUUGGGUGCCAUUGUUCCUUCUCCUCAGCCUUGUUCCCUCUACUGAGACAGAAAGACCCUCAACCCAGGACAGCGGCAGCACUUGGAGUCCAGGCCACCUGACGGAAGUGCUACGAGCUCUCUCUGCUGGCGAUCCCCCACCCCUGAACCAUUCUGGAAGCCUCCUCAAAACACUGAUGGAGAAAACUGGCUGCCCACGGAGGACAAACGGAAUGCAAGGAGAUUGCCAUCUGUGCUUUGAACCAGAUGCCCUGUUGCUAAUAGCUGGAGGGGAUUUUGAGGAUCAGCUCAGAGAAGAAGUGGUUCAGAGAGUGUCUCUUCUCCUCCUCUUUUACAUUAUUCAUCAGGAAGAGAUCUGUUCUUCUAAGCUCAACAUGAGUAAUAAAGAGUAUAAAUUUUACCUGCACAGCCUCCUCAGCCUCAGGCAGGAUGAAGACCCCUAUUUCCUUUCACAGAAUGAGACGGAAGAUAUCUUGGCGUUCACCAGGCAGUACUUUGACACCUCUCGAAGUCAGUGUAUGGACACCAAAAUGCUGCAGAAAAAGUCUGGAAUACCGAGCGGGGAUGGCGCUGAUGAAAACACACUCCCUCGGUUGGCAGCGACGAUCAUCACUUUGUCCCUCCAAGGUGUUUGUCUGGGGCAAAGAACCUUGCCGUCUCCAGACUAUUUCACGGAAUAUAUUUUCAGUUUUUUGAAUAGUACAAAUACUCUCCACCUGUCAGAACUAGACCAACUCCUCAACACUCUCUGGACCAAAAGUACCUGUAUCCGAACAGAUAAAAUCCAUCGCCUUGAAAGGAAACAAAACAACCUAACAAUCUAUGACUGGGGAUACCCUAAUCUAUCUGUAUCCAUGGACCAAGAGUCAGAAGACAGUUCAGUUUCCUGGGAUAAGACUUGCUUCUCUGCCGGGCAGCUGGUGGAGAUAUUUCUACAGAAUAGCCUUUCACCCAUUUCGAAGGAAGACUUUCAACAAAUGAGUCCGGGAAUCAUCCAGCAAUUGCUCAGCUGUUCUUGCCAGCUGCCCAAGGACCAACACACAAAGCUCCCACCAACCACUCUGGAGAAAUAUGGCUACAGCACAGUGGCCGUGGCCCUGCUCACACUAGGCUCCAUGCUUGGGACAACGCUGAUUCUGUUCCACAACUGUGAGGAGAACUACAGGCUUAUUUUACAGCCGUUUGUGGGUCUGGCCGUCGGGACGCUUUCCGGGGAUGCUCUGCUCCACCUUAUCCCUCAGGUUCUUGGUUUACACGAGCAGGAAGGCUCAGAGUUUGGACAUGUCCAUGAGAACAAAGGUCAUAUUUGGAAACUGUUAGGACUAAUUGGAGGCAUCCAUGGAUUUUUCUUGAUCGAAAAAUGUUUUAUUCUUCUUGUAUCACCAAAUACCAAGCAGGGCAUGUCAUUGGUUAAUGGGCAUGUGGAACAUUCCCACCAUCUUGCACUCAACUCCGAAUUAAGUGACCAGUCAGGCAGAGGCAAAUCUGCUUCCACUAUCCCGUUGAAAGGCCCAGAAGAUUCACAGGCAGCUGAAAUUCCUGUAGGCAGUAUGACAGCCUCCAACAGAAAAUGCAAAACCAUUAGCUUGUUAGCAAUCAUGAUACUGGUUGGGGACAGCCUGCAUAAUUUUGCAGAUGGCCUCGUGAUAGGAGCUGCCUUCUCAUCAUCAUCUGAGUCGGGAGCCACCACAACCCUCGCCAUCUUGUGUCAUGAAAUUCCACAUGAAAUGGGAGACUUUGCUGUGCUCUUAAGCUCUGGACUUCCCAUUAAGAUUGCCAUCCUUAUGAAUUUUAUAAGCGCGCUAACUGCCUUCAUAGGACUAUACGUUGGUCUCUCCGUAUCAGCUGAUCCAUGUGUGCAGAACUGGAUCUUAACAGUUACUGCGGGGAUGUUCUUAUAUUUAUCCUUGGUGGAAAUGCUUCCUGAAAUGACUCAUGUUCAAACACGGCGACCCUGGUUGAUGUUUCUCCUGCAGAACUUUGGAUUGACCCUAGGUUGGCUUUCUCUCUUACUGUUGGCUAUAUAUGAACAAAAUAUUAAAAUAUAAGUUAAGAGUCUCACACUUCUUCAAAAAACGAAUUUAUAUGGCCUCCUUUUGUUUCUUUUGUCGUACUCUAUACAGUGAUUGUAAAUUAAUUAUUGUUAUCUUAGACGAAGUAUGUGUCUUUUAGGUCAUUAAGUUAUUAAUUUUAUAAGGCACUUUUGUUCUAGGAUACAAAGAUCACGUUGCCCUCAAUUGAAAUUCUGGUUUUAGUCCCCAGCACCAUGAUGGAACUUGUAUCUUUUUCAGUAAUUAGGAAAUUCUAAAUUAAUUCUGGGAAACUUUCAAACAAUAUUGUUUUGCUAAUAAAGAACGUUUGUUUGUAGUAUUUGAAGUGGACAGAGGCCUGUUGGGAUAAAGUGGCUGCAGCUUCUGUGAUGUCAAUAAUAUUUUUCUGCUUGUAAGAUGACAAACCCCAAGGAAACUAAAUGACAGACAAAUGUAAUAAAGCCUAGUGUUAAUGUGGU